UGUUCGUGCAGCGUGGUCCGGGCGCGGAACAGUGCAGAUCGCGACUUACCGCCUGGGUUUCUUCUUGGUAUCUGAGACUCGUGCGAAGUAUGAAUUGGCAAGUAAGGUCAACAUAUAGACCUCGCGCAAGACGAGAUGAUCAAAAUUCUUUGCAGCUGGUUGGGCCUGUGGUUGCCCAGCAGCCUGGGGCUGAGCAACCUCAAGGGGAGGAGCCGCUGACUAAGCCUCAGGAUAUUAUGCCUGAUCAAGAGAAAAAGGAUGAAGGAGCAUCUGUGGUUCAAGGGCCUGCCCUGGAACCUAAUCCGAAGGAACUGGCUGAUGAAGAGACUGGGCGUGAGCGUGGAGACGGGCCUGCUGUCAAGGGGAGAGGGCUUGCAAACCUAGAGCCCCUUAAGAUGCCGGAAGCAGGCGAUUGGAAACCACAGGUUUAAACGAAGACAAGCUGAAACCACGUGGGCUGUUCUUGUAUUAGAAGUAGUUAAAAUUUUCUCAAUAAAGUUUUGCAGUUUUGUUCAAAAAG